CCUUAAGUCGUGCCUAAGUUUUUAUCAAAUAGUCUUUGCAAAAAACAAACAAAAGGUUAAAUCGAAAGUAAGCUGAGGAGUGGGGAACUCGCCCUUAGCAGAGCUGCGACAAGGCUCCACACGCGUUCCUAUACAUGCCGCCAGUCGCCAGUCAAGUCGACACACACUUGUUUGUUAGCCGCUAGCUGGGCGGCUGUGUGGACGGUGACAGCGCUCGUGAACAACACGUAAACUAAAACAUUGUGCGAACUUACGUGCUACCUCCAUGCUACUUAUGUUCUAGAUUAUGGACAUUGUGGUAUUACAAAGUGUUAAUUUGUGGUGAAAAUGGAUUUGUCUUGUGGGGAAAAUCUACAAAAUUCUGGACAUAUUAGCAACGGUAGUGGAAGAACGGUGGUGGUGGACAUGUGCGUCGCCGGACCUGACCGCGCCUUGGACCGCGACCCUAGGCUACUGCCGAAUCUCCUCAUCCUAGAAAGAGUGAAUGCUUUGCACACAGAUUAUUUUGAACAUGUACAAAUUGAUAUUCAACCUUUUAUGCGAAAAGUUGUCACUACUUGGAUGCUGGAGGUGUGCGAGGAGCAGCAAUGCGAAGAGCAGGUGUACCCCCUGGCCGUGAGCUACAUAGACAGGUUUCUGGCGCAGCGCGCGAUCUCACGGCAGCAGCUACAGCUGCUUGCAGUCACGGCGCUCCUCCUGGCGUCCAAGUUCCGUCAAUGCCAUCCACUUUCUGUAGAUCUUCUCUGCGCCUACACUGACAACUCCGUAUAUCCAGAAGAAGUGAGGGAAUGGGAAGUGAUGCUGCUACAGCGACUGAACUGGCAGCUCUCAAUAGCGACAGCCUUCGAUUUUGUGGAGCCUCUACUUGCGCGAGUGCCGUGGGGCCGAGCUAACUCUCUCGUGCGAAUCCAUGCCCUCACACUUACUUCCGUUUGUUACACAGAAACGGAGUUCCUGUUGGUGCCUCCGUCGCUGAUCGCUGUGGCGUGCAUAACGGCAGCGGCGAGAGGGUUGCGUGUGCGCAUGACCAUAAACGAUCUAUGCACCCUCACGAGCACGCCCGCCGCGGCCGCUGAACUGGUCGCGCGGCACGUCGAGCGAGUGCUGGCGCGAGAGACGCAGCCGCAGGAGCCUCGAGCCAGGCACGUCCAGCCCGUCAAACAGAGCGCCCCGGAACAAACACAGCUACCCGACACCCCGACGGACAUCCAAGAUGUACGUUUUUAGACCUGCAUAGAAAAAAGUGCGACAGCAACACCAAGGCAGAGCAUCAAACUGAAGGCGUGUACGACUACACUAAUUAUUGUAAUUCAAGGAGCUGUAUGAAGAACUCGUGGCGGCAGCGACGUGGCUCCAACACGCGCUUCUUUCACGCCGCCGUAUAUUGUGUGUAAAUUUUUUACGUAAAUAACUACUAAGUAAAGUAAAAUUCCAAAUUAAUAACUCUUUAGAAGUUGUUUUGUAGAAAAAGGGAGAGCAGUUUUUACCGUUUUAUGAUUCUAUCGAAAUAAUAUAUUUCCUUAUGUUUAAAUUAAAAGCUACUUACCUAAACUCAUGUUUACCUACAGUAUAUUUCAGUUUAAACAUAAGUUGUUAGAUACUGUAUUCAACACUGAAUUACAUCUACUGGUGGUAUAAUAAACCUAAGCUAAGGAUUUAGGUCAUCUUAAACUAUAAGUAGAAAUGUAAAUUAAGUAGGUACAUUACCUACUACCUACCUGUCUAUGAAAGUUAAAAAAAACGGUUUUUUUCGAGUGGCUUCUGGUCGAAUACUGAACCUGUUCAGGACGUAAUUUUGUCUGUUUUUGUCAUUUUGUCUAAAAAAUGUCAAAAAACUGUCUUUGCUGACUGACUUAGUCACUUUUUUACUCUCUCUUACUACAAAUCAACGUUUUUCCAAUAUCCAGAUACUAUAGGGUCACUUUACCUAGGCACAUCCUACAUAAAUAAGGAUAAGUAGAUGAUACCCGUGACUUUGUCCGCGUGGAUUUCGAUUUUUAAAAAUUGCAUGUAAACUUCGAUUUUCCUGAAUAAACUGUUAUCAACUGUAACAAUAACAUGCUAUACCAAAUUUCGUCAAAAUUGGUUAAACGGAUGAUAAGCCUAUCAUCCGUUAAACUAGCAAAGAGACAGACAAACAGACACUCACACUUUCGCAUUUAUAAUAUUAGUACGGAUUGAUCUCGUCGGUAUUGAUGAAAUUAUUAUGAAUCGUUUUUUUACGAUACUUACGAUAGUUUUUUUUGUCGCGCACCUGGGUACAAGAAAGUCAGGACGCAGGUAUGAAAAAAGACAUUAUACCUAAUAAGUAAGUAUAUUCCAUUUAUUCAAUACUAACUACGAAGAUAGAUUUGUCCAUUGAUCUCAAAUUAUUAUUUAUUUAAUGUGUUUUAGUGAUAGAUUUACGUUAUUAUUUAUUACUUAAUUCAGAUUAGAGUACAGUUCGACAGUGCGCACGAAUUAAGUUUUGCUAUUAGUAUGUUGAUCUCCGUUGAUUCCAAAAAUUAUUUUUAAGCCUGUUAUAAUGCUUUUUCGCAAUCACCGGUAGAUAGAAUACUUACCUAAAGCUGAUAUUAUUUGAAAACAAAAACUAAAUAUUAUCUUACUAAAUAUUCAACUCGAAUCUGUAUGUAAAAUUCGAAUACUUUUAAAAUGUUUGUAUCUAUAACAUAAACCUUGAUGUGUAUCUAGGCAUUUUGAGUUUUUGUGUUUUGUUUGAUAAAAACAGGAUAUCAGUUAACAGAUCCCAAACAAAAUUGAUGAAAUUAGGGAUCUACUUAGGUACAUGUAGAUUUUAAUAUUAGAUGAUUUCGAAUAAAAUGUUAAAGUAUGUAAUUUUGUUUAUUUAGGUCGAUGUUAAGUUUAGUAAAUUCUAGUCAUAUGUUUUACACAUUCCUGUUUUCGACCAAACUUUAUAUUUAGAUUUAAUUACUUAUAAAUAGUUACGUAAUUAGUGUAAUAUUGAAAUGUCACUAGCAAUACAUUCUCUCUUUAGAUAACUCGAAAAUUAUAAUGAUUAAUUACGAGUAUCUUCUAAGUAGGUAUACAAUUAUAGUGUACAAUUUUGUAGGAUCACAAGCAUUCCUGAAAAUAUUUUUUAUCCUAUAUAAUACCUACUGCUUGUAAAUUAUAAGUAAUUAUUAUAAAUACUCAUAAUACGAGGAUAGUGUAAAGCAAGUGGCCUUUCUGUAAUUUAUAUCUAUUGUAUUGUAUUUAAUAACUUUAUGAUGUAAACUUUUGUACUAAGGGAGAUUUAUUUUAAGUUAAAGUACCGAGGCGUGUCGAACGUCACGCGAUGGCGAUUAAACUAAUUAGGAAAAUUAAUGAUCGUGCUCAUAAGUUUGUCUUGAAACAAUUAAAGUUGAUGAAAGUUUCAUUAAAUUGGAUCUGAAUCCGGUAACUACAUAUUUUUUCAUGACUAUCUAAUCUAGCUAUCAAUAAAUUAUUCUCUAAAAUAAUAUUAAUUAACUGUUUGAGAUUAAAAGUUCAUUAGCUAUUUUUUUAUUUGAUAAAGAGGUUUGGUUACUUCCGUUUGAAAGGUCGAGCUUUUUUCUGAAUAAAUAUUAGAUUCAACCUGUAAAAUCAUUAAAAUAUUGUUUAGAGCUUCAUUGUAGAAUAUAGAUUGUUUCUUUCAUAAAUAUCAUGCAUAAACUAUUUUAUUUAAGUAUCAGCUAAACAAGUGUGUUACUUGCUAAGUCUGCCAGGUCAAUUUGUAUAGUUUGGUUUUGAAAUUAUAAUGAAAAUAAACAUCGCAAAGCAAU